AUGGUUCCCGUAUACGGCCGAGGGCGGAGCCAGUUGCGGGGAAUUUGCAAUGAGCCGGCCGCGGAGGCAUUUUGGGGUGGCGCGUGGCCGCAGCCUCAUUUGGGGUGCUGGGGAAGAGAAGCGGACGGCUGUGGCAUGGAAGCGAGCGCUUGGGCUGUGAUCAGUGACCGAAGGACGCGGCAACGUGGUGAUGAGGUGACUGCGCCGUAUGCCCAUUGCGUCCACGGAACUCUGAUUCUAGCUCAGAUACGCACCUUCGCAGUGCAAAUUACGCUGGGACAUCGCGUCUGGAGUGAGCCUGGCCAAGAACAAGAUACGGGCAACUGGGACAGAGACCUUCCAAGAUCAGAAAGUCUCCCGCACAUAUGGAAAAGGCAAAAGCGGGCCAAUGGCAGAACGCACGCGCUCGGCAGUGCCAUCCCAUGCGGGCGCAAGCAGCGAGAACGGCAGGAGGGCGCCCGCAUAUGGCGAUCUGAUGCGGCGAAGGGCUUGGCGGGUGCACCAGACGUGGAGGCGGCGGCGGACCGGGGGUCUGGGAGGGCAAGUGGAUCCUCCGAUUCGGGGAUCCUGUUCGGGGUGCUCGGACGGCGAUGCCCAAAUUAGCAUGGCGCCUGCCAUAUGCGCCAGUGUGCCUGGACGGGGGCAGUUAGUGCGCAGGCGCCCAGGACACAGAGGGGUUGGGCGGUGGGCACGGCGAGCGGAGAGGACGUUCAUAACGGCGCAGCAGGGAGGAUCGAUGGGCCGAGAUGGCAGGUGAUAUCUUAUCGAGAUCACAUGCGGCGUGAGAAACGGAAAGAUGCGGACAGGUUGUUGUGUGGUGUUUGGGGAAUAUAUAAGGCAGGCACGAAAAUGGGAAGAGAGUUUCCUCGCUCGUUCGACCCAUUUCCGGCGACCUCACCUAUUCGGGAGUGCGUCUGCUGCUCGCUGCCUCCCCCGUCCGCGGCCUCUCUCUUUCUGCUCAAGUACUGCGUGCAACCCUCGCGUGCGCAGUGCCCCAGUUGAUGGCCUAUCGCCUCCCAACACUGCCAGUUCCUCCCGCCGCGUCCUACUCGCCGUAUUCCAACCCCGCC